AUGCACGACUUUGUCUCCCACAUCCUGCGCCAAUACUUCCACUCGACCAACUGGAACGAAUACAACUCGUACCUCCAUCUCACCUCGUCCUCCUCCGCGCUCCUCGACUUCCCUGUCCCCACCGGCCUCUCGCUCUCCAUCUCCGCCUCGCCCACCCCUCCCUUCUUCACCACACAUCGCCUCGGUGCGCUGCCCAACCUUCGCGCCGGGAUCGGCUACAUCUACGCCCACACCGACAGACGCAUCGAUUUUGGCGGAACCUCGAAAGAUGUUCGUUUAAAGGAGAUCAUCGAACGAUUUCGGAUCGUCGAGUCAAGGCCUCCGACGAUAGCAAAAGAGAAGGAGUACUACUGGCUGGGUGGAGAACGGUUUGCUGAAGAGCUUGAGGGGAAGAACGAUGGUGCUGGUGGUGGAGGGGGAGGCGAGUACUUGGUGUAUGGAUGCAUGCACGUUCCAAGUGCGAGAUUAGACGCAUUGUGGACAAAAAGGUUCAGCCCGACGUGGCAGCUGAUCGUGACCGCAGUCUCGACGCCUCCAAAGUACCCGUUGAACGCGAUCCAGAACAUUGCGACUCAAACUGCGUACGGCAUGGGGAGCAAACCGACGAGCAGCGGCAUGGACAGAAUGGAUUCCUCAAACCCUUCCCUCAGCUCUUCCACAACAAUACCGAGCAGCGGUGCGGGGACAACAGCAACAGCGACGACAGCAGCAGCGGCAGCGGCAGCAGCUCAAGAUACGUACGGGCUGGGUCCGCCUGGAUCGACCAAUUUGCAGCUGACAUUGCAGAGGGAUACGGGAAGAUGGUUCACGGAAUACAGUUACUCGAUCGACGAUGCAUUGUGGGGGUUCAGAGUGCUGCACAACUUUGGAGGUCCAACAGAUACCGCCGCGACCACGACCGCUCCGCCAGUCAACGAUGCCUCACCCGAGAACUUACCCAUCCCCUCACCACGCACUACGAUUCCUCCCACACCCAGCAUCAACGCCGAAGACACCGACGCGGGCGGCGGCCUCCGCGGACGCUUCAGCGCCGGAGCCGAAGUGUUCAUCUCCACUGUCGAGAAAUCCGCCGGGCUCUCCACCGGUAUCCGCUUCUCCACCCUCCCCGACACCCCGCACCAUCCCCCCAUCAUCACCCCUCCUUCCUUCGACACAGAGUCCUCACCGCACCCACCGCCGACGAAUCAGCACUCAACACCGUCGCAACCACCCACGGUCAUCACGGCAACGUUGAACCCCAUGAUGGGACAUCUGAGCACGGCGUACGCGGCGAGAAUGGCGAGGGACGUGGUGGUGUGUUCGAGGUUCGAUUUCAACGUGUACAGUUACGAGAGCGAGUGGACGCAUCUUCCACUCUGCACAACAUCCUCUCCCCCAUCACCGGCGUGCUCAAAGCGCGAAUUUCGACCACCUCCGACAUCCGCCUCCUCUGGCAAGGACGACUCUCGCACUGCCUCGUCUCGCUCGGCGUCAAAGCCGACCUUCGCGGCACGCACCGACCAUCCUCGAUCGGCGAUAACAAGAUGGGCAUCGUGA